GUGCCACUCCCAACUUUGGAAUGCCUCCUCCACCCUAUAUGCCUCCAGGACCAGCACCUCCGAUGCCAAUGGGUGGUCCACCCCAUGGAUUAUAUAAUCAUCCUCCGCCAAAUAUGAUUCUCCAUUCUCCCAAUCUUGCUCCCGUACCUGGAGUUUCUGCCGGAGGCUUAACUACCAACAGUAAUCCCAUGGUCAAUUCGAACCCACCUGUUUCUGCCCCUUUGCUUACUGAUACUCAAAACCCUGCACCAUCGUUCCUUUCUCCAACUUCGGCACCGCUACAAAUUGGUACAGCAGGCAUUCCCUCUCAAGCUUUGCCUUCUGUCGGUGCAGUUCCUCCUCCCGUAGGAGCUGUUUCCAUGCCUCCGGUUCCUGGCCCAGUCAGAUCGCCCUUUAUGAUGCCUCCUCUACCGAUUCCUACGAACGGGCAUUCGGGUACUCAUCAUCUGGGUGUGAUGAUGCACCCAGGACUUCCACCUCAUCCACCUUUGCAUAUUCCGCAGAAUCCUAGACUCCAACCGCCUCUUGUUCCACGUCGUCCUCUGUUCGCCACCCCUCCAACUAUCGGUCCAGGCCCUGUUCCACCAAGACCCCUCAGCAUGAGCUCUCGAAAUGAAGAGGACAUUUGGGUCGAAAAUGUUGCUGGUGAUGGGAAAUCAUACUAUUACAACAUGCGAACUCGAGAAACGCGAUGGGAAAAGCCUGAAGGGGUCACGAUUCUUCGGCAGGGUGAGGUGGAAACGGGAAAUAAAUUAGGCCCAAGUAUGCGAAUCACACAAAGUUCUGCUCCGCAUGCCUCGCCUAUUCAAGCUAAUUUGACUGCGAACGGGCUUCAGCAAUUUCAACCCGAAUCACUUGCCUCUUCUUUCAUCACCAACACAUCACCAAUGCAACAACCGCCAGUGGCCACUCAAGUGCCUGUUGAUCAAGUUCAACAAAAACCUCCUGAAGUCGUUGCUUGGACAGAAUAUAAGAAUUCUGAUGGAAAGCCAUAUUACCAUAAUGCCAAAACUAAUGAAACUACCUGGGAAAAGCCCAAGAUUCUUCUGGAUUGGGAAGCUUUCAUUGCCGGUUUCAACAAACAGGCUAUGCCGCCUCCCGCAUCCCUUACAAAUUUCACUGCCCCGCCCCCAGUGGAGACAUCUGCUCUCAAAGAACCAACGGACGCUCUGGUUGAUCGUCCUACAUCCGUUUCGAUGGACCCCCCGAAACAUGUCGAUGGCGAGUUUGUAAGGUCAAAUCCCCAGGUCGAAGCAGAUGAAGAUGAAGAUAGUGAUGGAGUUGCAGAACAAGUAGAGGAUAAAUCAACCAUUCCAACGAAGGACCCUAGUCGUCCUGUGUCUAGCACUGCUGUCAGUGGUACGCCUUGGUGUGUUGUGUGGACCGGAGAUGGACGCGUUUUCUUUUACAAUCCUAGUCAGCGCCUUUCGGUUUGGGAGACGCCAGAUGAACUUAAGGGCAGAUCAGAUGUGGAUCGCCUUUUGGAAAAACCUCCUCAGGCUAGUCUCGGUUCUCAUUCAGGAAGUGAUGCCUCACUUGUCGAAGAGGGAUCUGAUGGAGUUAUUUCUCGGGGUGGUGAAACAUCAGAUACUGAGUUAUCUGAGGCCACAAAGCGUAACAACAAGUCUAUGAAUCCAAGUGGCGAUGCUAGUCCAGAUGAACUUGUUUCUAAAAGACCUAGACUUUCUGUUCCCACUCCUGAAGUUGAUGCGGAUGCGCAGGUGUUGGGGCCUAGUGGGACAGAAAAACAAGCGCAACUGGUUCCUAACAUAACUCCUCUGGAUAGUCUGGAGGCAGCAAAAGAAGCGGAAGAAAGGGCGGCAAAGGAGCGCGCCAUCCUGCCCCUUGAUGUUCGCAUGGCUCAAUUCCGGGAAAUGCUUAUUGAACAA